AUGUCACUCGGCGAAAGCACUGAAGAUCCUCUAGAAGCCUUCGUCAUAUCGCUCGCUCCAGACGAUGGCGAAGGAGGCUUCCACUUCGACGCCCGCAACAACCCAGCCCGCCCCUUCCAGCGGGAGACCGUCCACGACGACCGGCGAGGGGUGGCAGUCAAAUGCUCACUCCUGGACGUCGCGCACGGAAAAUACCUACCAGAGAGCCAAGACUCCGACGCCAGCCUGGUGGUGUUUGGGUUCCGGUUCGACCGCGGCGCCAACGGCGGCGGGCACAUCAAGGCGGCUACGAUCACGGUUACCUUCUUGGGGGAGUACGAUGACGAUGAUCACCCCGGGGUUAUGGGGCUAUCAUUUAAUGGGACCUAUAGUGUGCUUGAGACGACACAGACUGAGACCGUUACGCGGGGGGUGGGUGCGAGUGUCUCUGGGAGCGUGCUGAACGCGGCUCAAAUCACCUUGGAUAGGAAAUAUGAGGAGGUGGUGACGCGCCAGACCUCGGAUGCCACGUACAUUAGCGGGUCGUCGUGCAGGAUCGGAGUUGAUUAUGAUCCGGACAAUGCAGUGCAGUGGAAGCUGAGGGAGAAUGAGACGAUGGGGACGGGGGUGCCGGGAUAUCUGCGGGUGGGUGUGCUGCUGCAACGGCCAAUGCAGGCAAAGUUCCGGUGCACCGUUGAGAUCAAGAGUGAUGUGGACGUAAAGUCGAAGAUCAAGAGGCUGUUUGGAGGGAAGCCCAAAGAUGAUCCGGUGCUUUUCGAUCCAGGGAUGAAGGCCACGAACAGGCUGAGGGAGUACAAUGUGCUGAACCUGGGGGGUGGUGGUGAUCUGGCACAGGUGGACGAUGUCACCUUUACCACGGUCAUCUCUGGGGCUAUCAAACAUGUAGACGCCAAUAAGAGCUAG